AUGCAAUUUAUCUAUGUUUCCGAUAUUUGCAGAGCUUUAUCCAAAUUCAAGUUUCCUCCAUUGAAGAUGCUCUGCGAGCUUCAUCACCAUCACUUCUCCUUCACUCCACAAUCCAUAAACCAACAUCAAACUACUCUACCCAACAUUGUAUACUUCUCUCCAAAACGCCGUCGUCGUUCUUUUCCCAUUUUCUCCACCCACCAUCAACCCCACCUUAAAAAUCAAGAAAUAGAUACCAACACCACCUCUACGUCGAAUGAUGAAAAGGGUGUCACACGAAAACACAAUUCUAAAUCCUCUGCUGUUCUCCUCCGCUACCUCAAACCGGAAGAAUACCAAGAACCCUUACCCGGUUCAGCUGAACUGGAAAAACAAGACUAUGCUGUACUGGAAGAAGAUAAAGAGAAGGUUCUUGAAAUGUCACUGAUAAGGAAAAGAACCCCUCAAUUUCCAGGUUCUAUAUAUGUUCAAUCUCCUACUGACACUGAUGUGAACACUUCACUGCCCCCAAUUUCAUCUUUGUUUGAUUCAAAAAAAGGAAGUGACUUUGAUGAUGAUGAGAUGCUAAUUAAGGCACUUGAGAUAAGGAGGAAAGUGACAGUGGAGAUUUUUAAAGAAGCAAUGAGAAAGGGAAGGUUUAGUAUUACCUAUUCGACGAAUUUGGUUUCCAAGUUGCCUGAUUUUAUAGAUUAUGUGAUGAUUCAUGCUGCUUCAAUGAAGCAAAUGCCUGAGUUCUCGGGUUCAUCAUUCAAUGUUCGCGCCAGAGCCUUCAUAGAUAACUCUGGUGUCGUGCCAAUUGUGAGGUGGUUAAAACACAAUGAAUUGUCAUACCCUCAAAUAGCAAACCUCAUUUGCAACUCCAGAGGAGAUCUCGAAUCAAUAAGACAUUUGGCUGAGUGGUUGAAGUCAAUUCAUGUGAAAGGGAGAUUUAUUGGGCUUGUAAUGAUUAGAGCUAAGGGGAAUGUAUUGGGUCGAAGCUUGGAGGAAUUGGACGAAAUAGUUGGAUAUUUGGAGUACAAGGGUGUGAAGAGAGAUUGGAUAGGUUAUAUUGUAGGCCGAUGUCCUGAAAUAUUGUCCUUCAGCAUGGAAGAACUAGAGUCUCGUACAAAUUUCUAUUUUGAUAUGGGAAUGGAUGAGAAGGAUUUUGGAACCAUGGUGUAUGACUAUCCUAAGGUGCUUGGGUACUUCUCUAUGGAAGAGAUGAACCAAAAGGUUGCAUAUCUAAAGGAGUUUGGCCUCAGCAACGAAGAAGUUGGAAGAUUAUUAGCUUUUAAGCCCCAUUUGAUGGGUUGUGGUAUUGAAGAGAAGUUCAAGCCUCUUGUCAAGUACUUUUACUACCUAGGGAUUUCAAAAGAUGGUAUGAGAAAAAUUCUUGUUACCAGGCCAGUGUUGUUCUGUGUUGAUUUCAAGACCACCAUUGUGUCUAAGGUUCAAUUUUUACGAGACAUAGGUGUCCAACAAGAUGCUAUUGGCAAUGUGCUUGUCAGGUUUCCCAGGUUACUCACUUUCAGCCUCUACAAGAAGAUACGUCCAGUGGUCAUAUUCCUUUUGACAAAAGCUGGUGUCUCUCAGAGGAACAUUGGAAAGGUGAUAGCUCUAGGACCAGAGCUUCUGGGAUGCAGCAUUGCUAAUAAAUUGGAUCACAAUGUGAAGUAUUUUCUUUCCCUGGGCAUAACUCUCAGACAACUAGGUGAAAUGGUUGCUGAUUUUCCAAUGUUACUGACAUACAAUAUAGAUAUCCUUCGGCCCAAGUAUCGUUAUUUGCGAAGGAUGAUGGUUCGGCCUUUGCAGGAUCUUAUUGAAUUUCCAAGGUUUUUUAGCUAUUCACUUGAUGACAGAAUAAUUCCUAGACACAAGAUUUUGGUGGAGAACCGUCUAAACUUCAAGCUUCGGUAUAUGUUGGCAAGCACAGAUGAUGAAUUUAAACAGAGGGUUGAGGCUGCCGUUGAACGACGCUUAAGAUUUGAAUCUGGAGUCAUAGAUGAUAAGCAGGCACACACUGAAAUUGAUGGCUCCAUUGAGAAGUUGCCUUUUGAUUUUGAAACAACUGAGAUACCAGAGGAAAAGACAGAUCUUUGUUCUGAUUACAGAGAUUUACCUACUGCACAUACUCAGAAUUCUGCAUAACAAACCGAAAGAAUGCAUAUAGAAUUGUCUCAAUGUUUCUAUCUCAGGAGCUCGGCCAGUUUAAGUGA